AUGGAUAUAUUCCCCAAUGGAUUUGAUGAAGAGCACACAACUACUCUUCCCAGUGCUGCUGGGGCUGACGUGUGCCACAACAGCUGGUUCCUCCUGGGUGCUACCCACAAGCCCAUUAACUGCAAUCUUUGCAUCAAGCAGCAGGAAAGGAUUUCUUACACCCCUCCUGUGAGCCCAGUGCCAAAUUACGCUUCCUCGUCGCCACUACAUGUCCCAGUGCCGCGAGCGACCAGGAUGGAGGAAGAUGCCAUCAGGCUACCAGCCCACCUGCGCUUACAGCCUCUUUACUGGAGCAGGGACGACGUGGCCCAGUGGCUGAAGUGGGCUGAAAAGGAGUUCUCGUUGAGGCCCAUCGACAGCAACACGUUUGAGAUGAAUGGCAAAGCCCUCCUGCUCCUGACCAAAGAGGAUUUUCGAUACAGGUCUCCCCAUUCAGGUGAUGUGUUAUAUGAGCUUCUUCAGCAUCUCUUGAAGCAAAGGAAUUCUCAUGUGCUAUUUUCCCCUUUCUUCCAUCCUGGAAAUUCAAUUCACACCCAGUCGGAUGUCAUGUUACAUCAGAACCACGAGGAAGACAAUUUCAUCCAGCGACCGUCGAGACAAUCAACAGAUGCAGGCCACCACAACCUGCCCACUAUUGAACUGUUACAUCGUUCGAGAUCACCCAUCAAUGCCAACCACAGGCCUUCUCCGGAGCCUGAGCAGCGAUCACUGAAAUCCCCGCUAGAGAACACUGUUCGUCGCCUUUCACCAGCAGACCGGCUCUCAGGGACAAGACACCACCAGGAGAACAACCACCAGGAGUCUUACCCUCUCUCUGUGUCUCCCGUGGAGAACAACCACUGCCCAACCCCUUCCGACGUACUCCAGAAGCCUUCCAGCCCCCGCCAGGAGAACACCCGCGUGAUCCAGCUGAUGCCCAGCCCCAUCAUGCACCCCUUGAUACUCAACCCCAGGCACUCCGUGGAUUUCAAGGCCUCCAGGUUGUCCGAGGACGGGCUGCACAGAGAAGUCAAGCCCAUCAACCUGUCCCACCGGGAGGAGCUGGCCUACAUGAACCACAUCAUGGUGUCGGUCUCCCCUCCCGAAGAGCACGCAAUGCCCAUUGGAAGGAUAGCAGACUGCAGGCUCCUUUGGGAUUACGUCUAUCAGCUGCUGUCCGACAGCCGGUACGAAAGCUUCAUCCGAUGGGAGGACAGGGAAUCCAAGAUAUUUCGGAUUGUGGAUCCGAAUGGGCUGGCCCGGCUCUGGGGGAACCACAAGAACAGAACAAAUAUGACGUAUGAGAAAAUGUCUCGAGCCCUGCGCCACUACUAUAAACUAAAUAUUAUCAGAAAAGAACCCGGACAAAGGCUUUUGUUCAGGUUCAUGAAGACCCCGGAUGAAAUUAUGAGUGGCCGCACCGAUCGCCUGGAACAUCUUGAAUCUCAGGAACUGGAUGAGCAAAUAUACCAGGAAGAGGACUGCUGAAGGAUCCAACGCCCCCGCUUCACUUUGUUCUGUGGAGCACAGUCGGUGUGGAGGCCCGUUUGGGACAGGAAGUGAAACCCCAGGACUUAGCCUUGACCCUGGUGACUGUGCAGGACUCCCCCCUCCCCAAGCACCUUAGCAAAACCAAUCUAUUGGCAAGGACAGUGUUGGCCCCAGGAUUUGGAGGAGAGAGCAAGAAACACAGAGCACUGCUGCAUUGGUUCUUAGAGUCUCCCCUGCUCCCAGUUGGGGAGGGGGUAUGGUUGGUUGGUUGGUUUGGGCUUUUCUUUUCUAUUUAACAUGCCAUUUUGCCUUUUUAAGUGACUUUUGUAGGGCAAAGUGUCAGUUUUUUGCUUAUUCCAAAGGCUUCCCUAUGGAAACAUAGUGCAACUGUUUUCAGCACUGGUCUCACAUUAUCCCAACAUAGGAGCAAUGACAAAUGUCACAGCAGGGGUCAGAAAGUAUCUCCAGUUGCCUUGCUGAUGCUUGAUCUUGCCCCCCAAAGUAGCUUAGGCUGCAAUCCUCUGAUCAGGGUAUGAGAACCAGGGCAAUGCCCUCCAUCUUGUUAUAAGUCUGAGAGGCCUGAUUGGUAUUAUCUUGAGCUGACCUGGAGUCCUGGAAGAGUCAGCAAACCCCAAGUGCUCACUGGCCUUAUCCAGACACCUAUGGGAGAUAAGGAGAACAAAACGCGGUAGACUCCUCCAAGCUUUUGGGCGGUCCUUUCAAGUUGACGGGAGGGAUAAAUGAAGGUGGUGGGAUGGAGUUUUGGGCCAACCAUUGAGCCAUUGGGGUUGAUAUAUUUGCAGUGGCAAGAGGGAAGUUUGUCCUCUCUGCCAGCCGCUCCGAGAGUGAAGGUAUUGCUCACGAAAGGAGAAGGGAAGACCACUUAGCCUUUUGAGAGGCACCUCCCAGAAAGAGUCUCCCCAUCUCUGAGAGGCUGUCAGUGUCAUCACAGCUGCCGGGGAAGCCACCAGUCAAAUUGUUGGGCUGAUCUUUGUCGUGGGUCCCCCCUCCCCCCAGUACAACAACGUAGUUUUCUGGUCUCUUGAUCCCCUUCUUCAUAAUGAUGGAAUUGCAUUCUUCCCCUGUUAGGUUGAAAUGGUUUUGUUUCUGGAAGUUCCAGGCUGGUUUAGCGGCCAUUAGGAUGACCUGAAUUUCGGAUGCUUGUUUGUCCGUUGAUCUUGGAUCUAUAAGGAAAGGCCUUUUCCUCAGAGGUGGGGUAACCAAACUGAAGUUGGAGGUGUAGUCCUCUAGGGCUGAACAGCACACACGCACUGUCACGAUCUGAUGGCGCUACAACAUCGACAGUUUUAAAAAGCCACUGGCCACGGCUGUGUAUAUCUUGUGUUCAAGAAAACAGAAUUUUUCACCAAGGUUGUUCAGUUUUUUGUCAGAAAAUGUAGGAUUUUAUUAUUUGCAGCAAAUAGACAAAUUAGACUAAUGCACAUCUUUGUCCCCAGAGAUACCAGAAAAACUUGUGUGGACAAAUAGAACAUAUCAAACAGGUAGCCAUGGAUCUGUCUAGAAACAAUUUCUGUGAUCAUGGCAACUAGAAAAAAAAUAUUGCAGCCAGAUUAAUUCGAAGAAUGAGAUUAAAAUUACAACAAAACAAAUGGCGAAGUUAUUGCAUUCAUGAAUGAAACCCGAUUUCUUGCUUUCUUUCACUGAACUAUUACAAUAAACACAUAGGUGCCGCCAAAAAUGGGAGCCAUGCGUCUGCCUAAGUGGAAUAUACUUGGGUGAUGUUUUACUAACAUGAGAGGUUCAUUUCCUCUGCCUCUAAACGUUGUCUGGUGUGACGUUAAUGUUCUUUGGGAUAGUUUCAGAUGGGUAGCCAUGCUUGUCUGCCGUAGUUCCCGUAGCACCAUAAAGACCAACGAGAU